AUGCCUGAUCCAUUAUCUGUCUACGUACCAUUUUAUUCUCUAACUGAGGAAACUAUUGAUUCGAUUGUUUCGACUGUUCAACAAUCUAAUAACAAGGAUUGGAAUCAUAGUAAACGUACCUUACUCGCAUUUUUACUUGCAAUCAACAAUAAAGUGAGUGAAAUAGAAAAACAGGACUCGAAAAAUACAUUCGAUAGACAAACUGCACAACACGCUGCAAAAGUUCGACAAUGGCUCGUUGAGAAAGAUCAUUCUGGUAACGUAAAAAAACUUGAUUGGGAUGAACUUCGUAAAACUUAUGAUCAUAUGGCAAGAGAGAAAGAUGACGGCAUGGCUAAGUAUUUUGGUGUCACAAACGUUGAACCUUACUAUGAGUUAACUAUUGAAGGGUUACAUCCCGAUAUAAAUCAAUCUCGAGAGUAUAUGGCUCGGUUCCGCAGUCACGGUUGGAAACAUAAUGAAUUAAAAAUCUAUUGGAAUGUUGAACAACUUGAAAAUCUUUGCCCGAUACAUGAAACACAAACUAAGCACAUGGAAAUAAAAGAUGAAGAAAAUAAUAAUAUCAAUAGUCAAACGAAAAUUGAACCAAAAUGUGAAGCAGAAAAUAAUCGAAAAGAUACAACAAUAAUUGAAACAAAACUCGAAAAAAACAAAGAAACGAAAGAUGAAGCAACAGUUGAAGUGAAAAAUGAAAAUGAAAAUGAAAAUGACAAUGACUAUCAUGUAAAUGAUCAAAUGAAAGAUGAACCAAACGAAGAAGUAAAAGAUAAAGCAAAAGUUGAAAAUCUCCCAUCACACGAUCCAUCCGAUGUUGAUGUUGUACAAGCUCUACUUGAGUAUCCUGUAUCAAAAAGAAAUAAUCUUGGAAAAAUCACAUAUGUCAACAAAGGAAUUGAAAAGGCUAUUUUUGAUAUACCGGAAGAUGAUCAAAUAAUUCUUCUCAAUUUUGCUAAUGAACGUUCUCCUGGUGGUGGAUAUUUGAGGCAUGCUUGGGCACAAGAAGAAAUAAUACUUUACAAUUCUGAUGGAUAUCGAUCAUUGCUUGAUCUAAAAUAUGGACGUAUGGGUGGUGGAUAUGCCAUACCAGAAUUUGGGCUUGCUUAUGUUCGUGAUGUAUGUUUUUUUGAUAAACAAACUGACAAGAAUAGAAAGGCUGAUAUGAUAGUUAGUGCAUGUUAUUGUCUUACUGGCUCACCACAACUUUAUCAUAAUCCAAAGACGGAAGAAGAGUGGGAAACAAAAAAUUUGGCUAAAUUUCGUGCAUUCAUGGCUGCAGCUGUUGCUAAUACAAAAGGUGAUGGAUCAAAUACUUAUCUUUUACUUGGACCAAUAGGUACAGGUGCUUUUGGAAAUGAUGUCAUUAAAAUUGGAAACAUCUUUCGGAAAGUACUUACAUCAAAACUGAUGGGUUCAAAUGGUUCCAUUAGUAAAGUUUUCGAGAAUAUUUGGUUUGUUUCGACAGAUGAAUGGAAAAAUGAUGAGUUUGAAAAAAUAAUGCGUACUGGUGAAACAACGGAAGUUUCAAAAGCGUAA